GGCCUGAUAAGUCCGCGUCCGCAGUUCCCAUUCAGACGCCGGCCCGUCCGGAAUAAGUACGUGUGUGUUCUCUUCAUCUUUGGGCAGUCGUAUAUACGUCUGCGUGCUCGUCUCCGUCCGGUUCUUCUUCUUCGCCAGUUGGACGAGUGCAGGAGGAGUAACUGUUGUUUGCGUGUUGCGUGUUCUGGAGAGCGGCGGACAAAACGAUUAUUUAAUUUAGCCAGCCGCAUUCCGCUUCUCGCGAGCCUCCGCGUGUGAACGAAUCCGUAAAUCGCCAACAUAUCUGUGUAGAUCCGCAGAUGUUAUACAAUAUGCCGAACUAGCCAACUGACCCGUAGCAAAGGUCAAGCCGAUACGCGCUAAUCACACUUCCGAUCCAAGUGCAAACUCCCCCAGUCGCCGCUCCGCCGCUACCGCUGUUAUCACUUGCCCCCACCCACCCACUUGGGGUGGUACAGCAAAAACAUAUUAGAAUAGUUGAAAAAUUGAAAUUACAAAAUGGGUUGCAUGCGCUACUUGUCGGAGGCUCAUUUGAGGGGCUUCGAGCGUUACAAGUACAGCAGUAUAGACACGAGCUUCCUCAGCGUCUAUGUGAUGCACCCUUUUUGGAACUACUGUGUGAAGUUUGUUCCCAAAUGGCUGGCGCCCAACGUUUUGACCUUCGUGGGCUUUCUCAUGACUGUCGUCAACUUUAUCCUGAUAGCUUACUAUGAUUGGGGCUUCGAAGCAGCCAAUUCAGAGACGGGAAAUACGGUGCCCGCCUGGGUUUGGACAGUGGCGGCCAUAAAUAUCCUCAUUUACUACAACUUGGAUGGCAUGGAUGGCAAGCAGGCUCGAAGAACUGGAACGAGUGGACCUCUGGGAGAGCUAUUCGAUCAUGGAUUGGACUCCUAUUCAGCUGCCCUGAUACCCAUUUACCUAUUCUCCCUAUUCGGCACACACGACUUGCCACCGAUACGUAUGUUCUUUGUGAUCUGGAACGUAUUCCUCAACUUCUAUUUAACGCACGUGGAGAAGUACAACACGGGUGUUAUGUUCUUGCCCUGGGGUUACGACUUUACCAUGUGGGGAGUUAGUGGCAUGCUGUUUGUGGCAACCGUCUUUGGUCCUGAGAUGUAUCGCUUUAGCAUAUAUGGUUUCACUGUGGCAAAUAUGUUUGAGUUCGUUCUCAUUGGUUCCGGCAUGGUCAGCAGUCAUCCGAUUAUAGCUAGAAAUAUCUACCUUUCCUAUAAAAACAAGACUGGAAAAAUGCGACCCAUGUGGGAAAUGCUGCGCCCAUUUUUCGCCUUCGUUUGGCUUUUUGUGAUCACUGUAGUCUGGUCGUUCUUUUCGCGAAACGAUGUGAUCAACAAGGAGCCACGCAUUUUAUGGAUACUCUAUGGCACGAUAUUUUCAAAUAUUGCAUGCCGUCUGAUAGUGGCCCAAAUGUCGGACACGCGUUGCGAUGCCUUCAAUGUGCUCAUGUGGCCACUGGCCGCCACAGUGGGUGUCUGCUGUUUUCCCUACUACCAGCAGGUCUUCGACACAGAUCUGACGUCGGACACCGAACGAUGGAUACUCUAUGGUCUAACCAUUUUCUCAACUUUAGCUCACUGGCACUACGGCUACGGCGUGGUUUCUGAGAUGUGCGACCACUUUCACAUUCGCUGCUUCAAAGUAAGAAAAUCUAGCAGCCAAUCGGGUUCAGAUAUAACUCAACCACUUCUGCAGAACAAUAACAAAAUCAAACCGUUGAAAAGCCAUUGAAACUAAAUCGCUCACUAACAAAAAUCACAUCAAAAACCGGGGACAACCAAAAUCAACCAUCUUGUGAUAUAUAGUAUAUAUACAUAUAUAUAUAAAUGGGUUCCAAACAUUUAGCCCUCGCCUAAUGUCUAGGUUCUAAGUGGUCCAUACUCAAAUCAAAAACACUAAACCGAUACUCGCCAUACGCGGUUUCUAAUGUGGUAAAGUCCAUACGAAGAUAUUAUGUUAUCCAAAUCCUAAUCAUAGGCUAAGAACUUAUUAUAUAGUACGAUAAACCUAGGCUAAAUGCAUGAAAGAGUUAUCGUCGGAGACGUUUUUAACCAGCAUGUUGAUAUACAUAUACAUAGCAGCGCUAACUGCAUGAUCCGAUAAGUAUUAUGUGCCUGAAGACAGCUACUGAAUGAAGUUGUAAACCUAUGAUAAUGCAAAGGCUAUGUUCACUGUACCGCCCAUCGUAUUGUAAUUUUCUGUAGAUCACGAAACAGACUGUCGCCGCUGAGGAAGAGCUGCAGGAUGUUGUUGAGGACGCCAAACCUACGGAAAACGUCGAAGAAGUCUAGCUAUGGCCGCUUCUUUUGCAAUUGUGUUGUGUUUAAACUUUAAAUCGUUACCUAGUUCAGUUAAGACAAAUUGAAAGUGUGUUUAGGCUUAAGCUCGAAAUUGAAACGAAAAUAUAAUUGUUAGUGCUGAAGAAAGUUAAAUAAAUUAAUACUUGAUCGUUCUCAGAUCGCA